UUUUGCCCUAUCAAGUUUUUGGCGCCGUUGCCGGGGACUGCCAUACCUUAUUUUUGUUGAUUUUUGUGAGUGAACUAUUUUGAUCUGGGUGUUAGUGUGCAGAAGAAUUUUCAGGUUUAUCCUCCUCGUGCAUGCCUAGGAGGACGACUGGCAAUUUACUGCCACUAGACCCGGAGAUCGAGAAGACCUGCCGACAGAACAGGAAGCAGGUCAAGUUAGGGAAGCAGCCAUCCACAACUCCUAGGCCUUCCCUAACUCAGAAUCGUCAACCAAGAAGGCAGGUGACACCGCCUGUCAUCCCUACACCACCUACACCACCGUCGCGCGUCAUCGAGCCUGUCAUCAUGGCGGAACAGGAUCGGUCGAUCAGGGCUCGUCUGAAUCGGAGGACUGGAACCCGAGCUUCAUGUGUUGUCAUUCCGGCUGGGGAUGAAAACAUGGAGAUUGCCCCAGCCUUCAUCAAUAUGAUCACUUAUGGGUACACCUUCUCAGGGGCCAGCACCGAGGAUCCUCAUGAACAUCUCCGCCGGUUUGCAAACAUUUGUGACACAAUGAAGAGCCCGGCUGUGUCUGAUGAUGCCAUCCGUCUUCGGAUGUUCUCAUUUUCUCUGCUUGGGAAUGCAUCACACUGGUUCCAGAACUUGACACCCCGUUCCAUCACAACAUGGGGUCAGCUUGAGAAGAUCUUUUUGGAUAAGUACUUUCCUCCUGCCAAGGCAAUGAAGAGGCAAGAGGAAAUUGUCACUUUUAAACAAGCUGAGGAUGAAAGUCUGACCGAGGCAUGGGAGCGCUAUAAGGAGCUUCUAAUGAGAUGCCCGAGCCACCGAGCUGCUAAUUCAAAGUCCCAUCAAUUUGGGCUUUGGCCCAAUUACUUGUUGUGCAUUCGCUUCUUUUUCGUACUUUUUCCACCUGUAACAUAUCAAACUCAUGGCACUAGGCAAUAAUGGUUUUUCAACCAUUUCCGGGUUAGCGAGCACUAAAUUAGCACCAAUCGGCUUAAACAGAUCAUAGGAUAGUCACAUAAAGUUCAAAAAUUCAA